AUGGCGUGGCAAAGGGUAAAAUCACUUUGCGAAAGUAUCAGAAGCAAAGAUAAGUAUGCCUCUGAUUCUUCUUCUGCUAGAAUUGAAGUAACAAUUCUGAUGGUAUAUAUCAAUGCAACACAUCUUCGUUACGCUCAAUUCGUAAGAGAAUCAUAA